CGGAUCGUGGCUCAUCUGGGUCAAUGAAGCGACCGCUGAGUCCGGGGCCGGAGGAGGGCGACGCGAAGCGUUCAAAAAUGGAGGCACCAAAGCACCGAGCGUCUUCUGCUUCUCCACCCUCGCACCCAUCUCCAGUCCCGUUCAGAGGACAGCCCUCCUCCCGCUCGCCAGAGAACCGACAGAUCGAGAAGGCCAAGCACCCUUCCUACCCAUCUAGUCCACAAUUACCAUCCGUUCUGCCGCCCCAUCCUCGGCCCAUCGGUGCUGGUCUUUCGCAUUCUGGCAACGUCGCACUUCCACCUAUAGCCACUCUUUCCCCGACAUCGAGCGCGCCUUCUCCAGCUCGCGAAACCGAGCGCACUACACACUCGCGUUCGCCAUCACAUUCUCCGCCAGCCCAGCCGCCCUCUCGCAACAAGCUAUCCGACGUGAUGAAUCCUGCGGCAGGAUCGCCUGUGUCAAAGAUGGCCCCCAUGUCGGCGUCGAGUGCUGGUUCCAUUGACAAGUCCGAGCAUUCGUGACAUUGAACUAUCUCCUUUCCUUUUUUCCUCCUAUGCACAGUACAUGCAACAAGUCAGCGUAAAGUGGUGUAUCUUUUCUUGUGUUUGUAUCCUCGCAGAUGAUCCUCGAUCUCUCUUCCUCUGUUCUUUCUCUCCGCAACACACAUAAUUAUUUGGCUUUGGAAGGUCCUGUUAUUUUAACCGUCAUGCCUGUAGGCUUUGUGCGCCCCUAGUAUAGCCGCUCGCCUGUUAUGAACCAUUAUGACCCAAAAAUCAAGCUUGCUUGAAGUGCC